AUGGAACUUAAUUCCAUCAUUUUUCCACAGCUCAAAACCAAAAUUUCGCUUGAAGCAUUUCUGAAUGGUAAAUUAGCAUAUAUACCAAAAUUGAAAAAAAUAUCUGAGGACUCCUAAAUUCCUAUGAGUCCUCGCAGCUCUCGUCCUUCAGAAAUGAUGGCAAGAUAUCCAGCAUAGAGUGUAAAAGCAACAAAAAAUAUUGCUUUCGAGUAAAGAAAUGAUUCUUUAGAUAAAUCUGAAUCGAAAACUCCUUCACCAAGAUCUUCAAAUUCAUUGAGGAUGUAAUCCCACACAGUCUUCAACUAAGUUUCUUCUACUUCGCUUAAUGAAAAUAAAAAUAAUAAAUUUAGGGGAUAUGCAGAAACUUCUUCAAAUUUAGCUAAAUAUGAAAAGGAGUAACCAAGUAAGAAGGGUGCUUAAUUAAAAGUAGCUCAUCAAUACAGCACAUCCUCUUUUACUUAAAUCUCAACAGAAGAAGUUUCUCAAUUCACAGAAUCAUCAAGCCAAAAUACACCUAAGAAUAAUAACUCUAGACUGUCAGUUUUUGCAGGGAAAAAGUGUUCUUGUCAUGAAAAAUCAUAAAGAGAUAUUCGCAAUUCAUCAUACUCAUCAAAUUCAAGAUAAUCAUCAGUGUCUUCAUGCAUUUGCGAUUAAGGAGGCUCUGCAUAAAAGGCAAAAGAUUAGACAAAUACAACAAAGAGUUUUAUGAGCAGUAUAUUUUAAUUUAAUUUAUCUUCUUAGAAAACAACCUCUAAUUCAGAAAGUGGAACUCCUAACAAAUUAGCUUAAAGCGUUAUUAUUGAACGAAACUAGCAAAGAAAUUCUAUUUUUAACAGUGUUUGCAGCAAUAAUUCAAGCGCAUAUAAAAAUGAUGAAGUAGUUUCGAUGGGAAGCGAUAAAAAAAAGUAAAAUCAUAGCUAACAAAGAAAAAUUCAAAUCACUGAAAGCUAAUUAUAUAAUCCUGAUUUUAUGGGCUAUGAUGUAGAUAUUUAUCAGCCAGUUGGAUACGUACCAGUGCUCUAUUUGAAUUCAAAUACCAAUUCUGAUAAUCUUUUAAUUUAUUUUCAUGCAAACGGCGAAGAUAUCUUUUCAAGCUAUCCUCUUUUGAACCACUUGAGACAAACUAUGGAGAUUAAUAUUAUUGGAGUAGAAUAUCCUGGUUAUGGAACCUAUAAAACAAAUUAAAGUUGCACUGCUGACUUGAUUCAAGAAGAUGCCUAAUACGUCUUCGAUUUUGUCACUUAGCAAUUAAAAUUUGAACUUAAAAAUAUUAUCCUUUUAGGUAGAAGUAUUGGAACUGGUCCUGCUACUUAUCUAGCCUCAAAGCACUAAGUAGGAGCCUUGGUUUUGAUAAGUGCUUUCACUUCUAUAAGGGGAAUAGUUGAAGAUUUCGCUUGGUUUUUUAAAUACAUUAUUAAAGAGCGUUUUAAUAACCUAGAAAAUAUUAAAAAAGUUAGUUCUCCUACUUUCUUUUUACAUGGAAAAAAAGAUAGCUUAAUUUCAUAUAAGCAGUCUUAAACUCUUAGUCAACAUUGUAAAAGUGCUAACUAACUAGACACUCCUUCGGAUAUGAACCACGGACAUUUUAAUUAUGAAGACGAUUUAACAAUCCCUUUAUUAAACUUUUUACUCAAAAAUAACUACCCUUUAGGCAAAAAGAAUUUAAAAAGAAAACCAUUGCCUGAAGGAUUAACUUAUCAUCCUAAUCACAUCUAAACAAAUAACUAAGUCUGA